CCGAACACUCUUUAUACAUUUUUGCAGGAUUUUGGAGCUAACGUUUGACCGUUUUAGCCACAGUAAGGCUCAGACGGCAGUUAUUUUAGCAGUACAAUAGUUGAAGUGCAUCACGUUUUAUUAGACGAGUCAGAAACGCAAACGAUCAGCGUUAGCCGAUGUAGCGUUAGCUAUUGGUGUGGCAUAUAAGAGACCUAUCCUAAUGAAUGAACGUUAACAUCGUAUUGUCUGCUCUCGUCAUGUGAAGAUGUCUUCCUUGGUGGCUUACGAAGAUUCAGAAUCCGAGGAUGAUCAUCUUGAUCAAACGGAGGAGGAAACAUCGGCUUCAGUUCAAACUGCGCCGCGUGAACACAACCAAGAAGUCAGGAUGUGUAAAUCCUCUGAGAUAACACCACGCCCUCACAACUUGACAUCUGAUGCUGACGGGUCAGUGGUUGAAAACAUUUUUGAAAGUCGCAGUUUUUUGCUUCCCCCACAUUCACAGCCACAAAGCCGUCUUGACUCGGAAAGCAAUUAUUCCAGAGACGGGCCAGCACAAGGAAAUAACUUCAGAGAUGCUGCAGCUCCUUUGAGUUUACCUAUGAGUCAGGGGAAGAGCUCCCCACGACAGACCCUUCCUCACAUGACGCAGCGUUUCGGUGACGGGUUGAACCCAGCCAAAAGAAACCCCACCGUCCGGUCUGGUGUCCGACCGUACAUCCCGAAGAGACAGAGACUGGCACCUUCAGUCGGGACCGCGGACCCAACGUACCCAGCGGAGCAAGACCCAGGGAGUCUGACCAGGGACAGCCACAUGAUUUCAGAUGUGUCGGCCAGAAUCAAGCCGUAUCUUUCCCACAAGCCCGGCGCUGCGGGGAUCCCGAGGAGGCUUCUGAUGAGCCUCGGGGGCCACCAGGGGCCCGUCAACACGGUGCGGUGGUGUCCCGUGCCUCAUCUCAGCCACCUGCUGCUGUCGGCCUCCAUGGACAAGACCUUCAAGGUGUGGGACGGAGUGGAGAGCGGGCGAUGCCUGAGGGUCUACACCUGCCAUUCGGGAGCUGUGCGGGACGCCCGGUGGACCCCCUGCGGGCGGCACCUUCUCUCUGGCUCCUUUGACAACAAGGCUGCGAUCACAGACGCUGAGACAGGGCAGCAGGUCGUGAAACUGGACAACCAGUUCAAGGUGAUGUGUGUGGCGCCACAUCCCAGCAGCCCGGAGGUGUUGCUGUGCGGCGGCUACAGUUCAACGGUCAAGGCCUGGGACUCCCGCAGCUGCAAGGUGGUGAAAGAGUACAAAGCAGGGAUCCAGCAGACCCUGGACAUCCUGUUCCUGAGAGGUGGCGUGGACUUCAUCACGAGCUCCGACUGCGUGAGCAGAGACUCUGCCGACCGCACGCUCAUCGCCUGGGACUACCGGACCACGGCCAAGGUCUCCAACCAGAUCUACCAGGUAGACGCCGGAGAACACACACCCCGGAUACAUGCGUGUUGGACAGGAGCGAUUCACGUGCCCCAGCCUGGCGCUCCACCCCCUGGAGGAGGCCUUUGUUGCCCAGACCAACGGGGACUACAUGGCCGUGUUCUCCUCCCAGAGGCCCUACAGGAUGAACAAGAGGCGGAGAUACGAGGCUCACAAGGUGGAGGGAUACGCGGUGCAGUGCGAGUUCUCUCUGGACGGGACCAUCCUGGCCUCGGGGAGCUCCUCCGGCUCGGCUCACUUCUACGACUACCGCGGCGCUCGUGUUCUGCACACGCUGCUCGCCCACAGCCAGCCCUGCCUGGGCGUCGCUCAGCAUCACAUCCUGCCUGCCACCGCCGCCACCUGCGACUGGGCCGGGGAGAUCAAGGUCUGGCACUGAGGACCGAGGGAACCAGUCAAUACGGACCGAAAAAGACCAAGAGGCGUUUUUUAAUAAAGUAAAACCUUCAAAUGG